AUGUUAAGUCUAAGCUAUGAGAAAAUUCAUGCAUGUCCAAAUAAUUGCAUGUUGUAUUGGGGAUCAUUGGAGGAUGAGAAGAGAGAUAAAUGUAAGAAGUGUAAUAUGUCUAGAUGGAAAUCAAAUGAAAAUGAUGGUGGUGAAAAUCAUGUAACAGAUUUCCAAAAGAAAAAGAAGCCAAAACCCGCUAAAGUGCUUCGAUAUUGCCCACUUAUACCUAGGUUGAAAAGGUUAUACAUGUCUCCUAAAACAUCAAAGCUAUUGAAAUGGCAUGCUACAGUGGCAAACCCUGAUGGAUUGUUAAGGCAUCCAAGAGAUAGUAAAGCAUGGAAGGACUUUGAUUCAUUUUAUCCAAACUUUGCUUCAGAUCCUCGUAAUGUAAGACUUGGUUUGGCUACAGAUGGUUUCAAUCCAUUCGGAAAUUUAUGUUCUACUUAUAGUGUUUGGCCUGUGAUGUUGUACCUUUAUAACUACCCUCCAUGGUAUUGUAUGAAGCAAACUUCUCUUAUCAUGUCAAUGAUAAUUCCUGGCCCCAAGAUGCCUGGUAAUAGUAUUGAUCUUUACCUGCAACCUUUAGUUGUAGAGUUAAAAAUAUUAUGGAAUGGUGUGGAGGCUUAUGAUUCCUCUACGAAUGAAAUGUUUCAUAUGUGUGCUAGUUUGUUUUGUACCAUUAGUGAUUUUCCCGGUCUUGAUAACUUAUCUGGGUGGAAUACACACACAUUGUUUGCUUGCCCAUCAUGUAGAUUUGAUACAGAAUCUAAAAGGUUGAAAUUUGGUAGAAAAAAUUGUUUCAUGGGGCAUCAUCGAUAUUUACCACUUGAUCACAAGUAUAGGUACAACAAACAUUCAUUUGAUGGAUCUUUGGAGUUUAGAUCUUCCCCUGUUCCAAUGUCAGGAUCGAAGGUGCUUGAACAAAUUGAGGAAUAUAGUCGGAAAAGGUCACGUGAUGAGGGUACGAGUGAGGAAGGCCCACUACAAUGGAAGAAAAAGAUACUUGAUGAUAAAAAUCGAACAAAAGACAAUCUUCAAGCUUGUAAAGACUUGCAGGCAAUGGGAAUUUGGGAAAAGCUUCAUCCAUAUCCUAAUUCCUCUAAGUUCCCUCAAUCAUGCUUUAAAAUGAAAAAUUCAGAGAAAGAUAUCUUCCUACAUAUUCUAAAAAAUGUGGUUUUUCCAGAUAAUUACACAUCAAACAUUUCUAGAUGUGUUGAUGUUAAGAAGCGUAAGGUGUCGGGUCUUAAAAGUCAUGAUUCACAUAUUCUAAUGGAACAUCUUUUUCCAAUUGCUUUUAGAAAAACACUUCCUAACGAAGUUAGUUCUGUGUUGAUUGAACUAUGUAACUACUUUAGAGAAAUAUCAAGCAGAGUUUUAAAUGUGAAGCAUUUGCAGAAACUCCAACAACGAAUUGCUUUGACCCUUUGCCAUAUGGAAAUGAUAUUUCCGGCAUCUUUUUUCACUAUUAUGGUUCAUUUGGUCAUUCAUCUUGGAGAAGAAGCAAUGAUUGCUGGUCAUGUGCAUUAUAGAUGGAUGUAUCUUGUUGAAAGAACCCUUGGCCAUUUAAAAUCAUAUAUUCGUAACAAGGCUGCACCAGAAGGUUGUAUUACUGAAGGAUACAUUAUGGAAGAAUGCCUUACAUUUUGUUCAACAUAUUUUGAGGACGGUAAUGUUGAAACAAGGUUCAAUAGACCAAGACGCAAUGAUGAUGACAACGGGAUUUAUGCUAGCAGCGAAUCCACUAUUUUGUCGAAUUUAUUUCCUACAUAA